UCGGAUGUACUUGUUUAUCCAGCUUAUAGAUGUCAUAGAUGGCCCAUGUCUGAAUUUCAUGAAACAUCGACAGCAUAAACAGUUUUGGAUGAGGUUUACAAGGAAUGAAAAACCAGGAACUUAACUUCAUACGGAAACUUGAGAAUCAGCAAUAAACCUUUUAACAAAUGAAUCACCCCUUGUUUGCUGAGAUGAGACUAUAGGGAAUGACUGUACACAGAAAAAAUAUUUUAAAAAUGCUUGCUAACCAAGAACCUCGUGCGCAUACAGAAAUAGUUCCAAUGGAUUUUCUCAGACAGAGACCAAAAUCAGCAACUAUGAGACUGAAAAAUAUAGACACCUCCUUAAGUGAUCAUAGAAUCACCUUCCCCACCGUUAAGUCAGCCGUCAGUCAGUUCGUUCAAAUUAACAGUCGCAACCGCAGUGCAGGGACUCGAACGCUAGCUGUAUCAUUGCCAGACCCGGAGUCUCAAUGUGAACAAACUUUAGUUGAAAAUACAGGUGUGCGCAUGCGCUAUACUCAUGGUAUACCUAGCGAUGCAGAUCUUUUGAGUAAAGAACGGCAACAGACAAUGACACAACUUUACCAUGAGUUAGCGAUGGAUUCCGUAGAUGUCGUGUUCGAUGCGAAUGAUCCCGAAUCUCGAAGAAGCUGCUCACCGAAGAAAAUUAUUGCUGGAAGUCCAGCUCUGCUAGGUAUGCAAGCGCAAAUUCAUUCUCUGACGGAGAGUUUUGCUCGUCGAUGCAAGAUACCAAAAAGCAGAUCGUUACCAGAAUCUGCUUGUUUCCACAGCAUUCAGACUAUGACGUCACCCGAGAUGCAUCAAUCAGUGACUGGUCAAGAUACAAAUAGGGAAAAUUACAAAACAAAAGACGAUGUAAAUACGGAUUAUGAGAAACUUCCCCCCGUUAUAACCCCACAUCUAAAUGGGAACGAAACUCCACUACUCAAAGACUACGGAACUGAUCGCCGACAUACAUGCAAGAAGAAAGUAACUAAGAGCAAACAAAAUAAGAAAAACAAGAAAAAAGAAACAGAUGACCAUCAUGAUUUUGUUGUUACAGAUGGAAUCAUUAAUCCGGAUAUCCACAGAGACGCUUACAUCCGGGCACUACAAGACGCCCGAUCAAAGUAUUUUCGAAAAACCACGCCAGAUUCUCUCGUCACGGAACCGUACAAAUUUUCUUAUUUUGAUGUGACAAAUAAGAACGAGAGGGGGAGACCGCCAAAAGAUAGAGACUUCCGGAAUUAUGUCGGUAUGAAAAGAAUAUUUGGUGAUAUUCGAUUGGAUGAUUAUUAUUCUCUCAGAUAUACAGGGAAAUAUAUUAGCAAAAAACCGGAAGUUAGGACCCUACUGAAGGACAAUGUGCAAUAAAACAGGAGUUCUUUUUCGGUGCUAAAAAUAUUAGGCUAGGAGUAAUACGAAGUUUUUAUCUUAAAUCCUGUACCAUCGUUUGAGAUUUCAUUUUAUACAUACAGCUAUGCACUUGUAUAUGAUUUUUUAAAAAAGUAAAUCAUAAGACACUUAAACA